AUGUGCGACGAGUUCGGCCCCACGCCCUCCAAAGGGGCCUACGGCGACGACAGCGACGAGGGCUUCGACGUGCCGUGGCAUCCGCACCACGGGAUGGACAUCCUGUCCUACAUAAUCGAGGGGCGGGGCAGGCACGCAGAUUCCAUGGGCAACCGCGAGACUUUCGACAGCCCGGGCUUCCAGUGGAUCAGCGUCGGUUCCGGCAUCGAGCACGCCGAAGGUGGCGGGACCCCACUGGGGCAGAAUACGCACGGCUUUCAGAUCUGGAUGCGCAUGCCCGCCGAGCUGAUGGAGAAUGACCCUGAGUACGGCGUGGUGAACCCUGACGAGAUUCCAGUUGUGCAGCUGGAUAGGGGCCAGGUACGAGUCAUCUCUGGUGCCGUCGACGACGUCGCUGGGCCAGCCAGGUUUGCUGUGACCGCCCAAAUCUUGGAUGUGGAGCUGGAGGCGGGCGCCGAAUGGAUGUACGCGUGCCCAGAGGGGAUGGACAACGCGAUGUUCUACGCGUUCAAGGGCUCAGCCGUGCUCAACGGAGGCACGAAGCUGGCGGCCAGGCAGGUCUGCCGUUUCGACACCUCGGGGCCCCGUGCCGCGAGCGUGGUAGCCGGCGAGGAGGGCUUCAGGAUGAUGGUUUUCACUGGGAAGAUGACCAGGGAGGACAUCGUGUGGCACGGGCCCUUCGUGUGCUCCUCGCGGGCGAACCUCCGCAGCUGCUUCGCGAAAUUCCAGACGGGAGAGCUCCCCAGCAAGAGGGCGGAUUGGGACUACAAGCGCAUCAGCCAGAAGCCGAAGUAG